AUGAGCGGCCACAAUGAACAGGUUCCGAUCAACCCCUCGGACGCUUACUACAACCUCGGGUCCUUCCAUCGACCAGUGAGCACCUCAAGCCCUCAGGCUCAAACCUGGUUUGACCGCGGGCUUAUCUGGACCUAUGCAUUCAACCAUGAAGAAGCUGCCAACUGUUUCAAGCAAGCCAUUGCCCAUGACCGGAAAUGCGCCAUGGCAUACUGGGGCCUGGCAUAUACAUUGGGCCCAAAUUACAACAAACCUUGGCAAUUCUUUGACCAGCACGAGCUGGAGAUAACCGUACAGCGCACUCAUCAGGCAGUUGCUGACGCAAAGGAAAAUAUAGUCAUAGCGAGGGCCGUGGAAUCGGCACUCAUCGAAGCUCUUCAGCAUCGAUACCCGCAGGGUCAGCCGACAGGUGAUUGCUCAGUUUGGAAUCAGGGCUAUGCGGAUGCGAUGACGGGCGUCUACCAGAGAUUCCCGGAUGACUUGGACGUUGCAACGCUAUAUGCUGAUGCCUUGAUGAAUCUCACCCCGUGGGAGCUGUGGGACUUGCAGACUGGGCAGCCAGCUCCCAACGCCCGCACCAACGAGAUCAAGACGGUGCUGGACCGGGCAUUGGCGCAAGAGGGAGCUCUAAGCCACCCAGGCCUUCUGCACAUGUACAUCCAUCUGAUGGAGAUGUCGGGUGCACCGGAAGCGGCACUGACGGCCGCAGACUAUUUGCGUGGAUUGGUGCCUGAUGCUGGGCAUCUCAACCAUAUGCCCAGUCACCUUGAUAUUCUAUGCGGUGACUAUCGACGAGCGGUCGCGUCCAACUCUGAAGCCAUCAAGGCGGACGAGAGGUUUCUCGCCCGUGCAGGCCCUGUCAACUUCUACACUCUCUAUCGGUCACAUAACUACCAUUUUCGCAUCUAUGGUGCUAUGUUCGCCGGCCAGUCUAGGGUUGCACUGGACACCGUGGCAGAGUUGGAAUCGUCGAUCCCCGAGGAGCUUCUCCGUGUUGAAUCCCCCCCAAUGGCUGAUUGGCUAGAAGGGUUUCUCUCAAUGAGAGUACAUGUACUUAUCCGGUUCGGGCGGUGGCGUGACAUUCUUGAACUGGAGCUCCCACAGGAUCCCGAUCUUUAUUGCGUGACGACGGCAAUGAUACAUUACGCAAAGGGAGUUGCACUGGCUGCUACGGGGAAGGUAGAUGAGGCGGACACCACACGGAACUUGUUUCGGGAAGCGCUGAAACGGGUUGGACCCGGCCGGAUGUUGUUCAACAAUCGAUGCGUGGACAUUUUUGCGGUUGCAAGUGCCAUGUUGGACGGGGAGCUUGAGUAUCGUCGCGGGAACUUCCAAGCCGCCUUUGAAUACCUGCGACAAUCGAUUGCUUUGGAUGAUGGGCUACCCUACGAUGAGCCGUGGGGAUGGAUGCAGCCGACUCGACAUGCAUAUGGCGCACUUCUACUUGAGCAAGGACACGUUGAAGACGCAGCUGCAGUGUACAAGGCAGAUCUCGGCAUGGAUGAUACUUUGCCCCGACCGCUGCAGCACCCCAACAAUGUCUGGGCAUUGCAUGGCUACCAUGAGUGUUUGAGGAAGCUUGGCCGGACCGGCGAGGCAGACAUCGUGCAACAACAACUGAAGUUGGCGGCAGCAACGGCUGAUGUCCCGAUUUGUUCGUCCUGUUUUUGUCGCCGGAGUACCGAGAUAGUGUAG